AUGGCAGCAGAAUCAAGAAAGUUGUCAGCUUCAUCCCCACCAGACCAAGCUCCUGAAGAAGACCUUGUAAUUGUCAAGGUAGAGGAAGAUCAUGGCUGGGACCAGGAAUCUAGUCUGCAUGAAAAUAAUCCUCCUGGCCAGGAGUUAUUCCGUCUGCGUUUCAGGAAGUUAUGCUACCAGGAGACAUUAGGACCCCGAGAAGCUCUGAUCCAACUCCGCGCACUCUGCCAUCAGUGGCUAAGGCCAGAUUUGAACACCAAGGAGCAGAUCUUGGAGUUAUUAGUGCUAGAACAGUUCUUGACCAUCCUGCCUGAGGAGCUUCAGACUCUGGUUAAGGAACAUCAGCUAGAGAACGGAGAGGAGGUGGUGACCCUGCUGGAGGAUUUGGAAAGACAGAUUGAUAUAUUAGGACGGCCAGUCCCAGCCCGUGCACAUGGACAUGGACUCUGGGAGGAGGUCGUACAUUCAGAGUCUACACCAGGGCUUCCAAAUACUCAGCUCCGACCCAUGGCAAUGCAGCACAAAUCUCCGGUGUCCCAAGGGUCACAAGAGAAAGGUAAGGAACCAGACUUUCUCCUCUCAGCCAUCUCUACUUGUGAGAGUCCUGCCUCUUCCCAGAAAGGAAGUCCUGGGAACCAGGAGAUGACGGCCACACUUCUCACAGCAGGGCUGCAGACUUUGGAGAAGAUCGAAGACAUGGCUGUGUCCCUAAUUCGAGAGGAGUGGCUUCUUGAUCCAUCACAGAAGGAUCUGCAUAGAGAUGACAGGCCAGAAAAUUACAGAAACAUGUUCUCCCUGGGUGGUGAGACCAGGAGUGAGAACAGGGAAUUAGCUUCGAAACAGGUAAUAUCUACUGGAAUCCAACCACAUGGAGAGACAGCUGCGAAAUGCAACGGGGAUGUUAUCGGGGGUCAUGAGCGUGGAGAAGCCCGAGAUCUUCUGGGCAGAUUAGAGAGGCAGCGGGGAAAUCCCACCCAGGAGAGACGGCAUAAAUGUGACGAAUGUGGGAAGAGCUUUGCCCAGAGCUCAGGCCUUGUUCGCCACUGGAGAAUCCACACUGGGGAGAAACCCUAUCAAUGUAACGUGUGUGGGAAAGCCUUCAGUUAUAGGUCAGCCCUUCUUUCCCAUCAGGAUAUCCACAACAAAGUAAAACGCUAUCACUGUAAGGAGUGUGGUAAAGCCUUCAGUCAAAACACAGGCCUGAUCCUGCACCAGAGAAUUCAUACUGGGGAGAAGCCAUAUCAGUGCAAUCAGUGUGGGAAGGCUUUCAGUCAGAGUGCAGGCCUCAUUCUGCACCAGAGAAUCCACAGUGGGGAGAGACCCUAUGAAUGUAAUGAGUGUGGGAAAGCUUUCAGUCAUAGCUCUCACCUCAUUGGACAUCAGAGAAUCCACACAGGGGAGAAGCCCUAUGAGUGUGAGGAGUGUGGGAAAACCUUCAGGCGGAGCUCACACCUCAUUGGCCAUCAGAGAAGCCACACUGGGGAGAAACCCUACAAAUGCAAUGAGUGUGGGAGGGCCUUCAGUCAGAAGUCAGGCCUGAUUGAACAUCAGAGAAUCCACACUGGAGAAAGACCCUAUAAAUGUAAAGAAUGUGGGAAAGCCUUCAAUGGGAACACUGGCCUCAUACAGCAUCUGAGAAUUCACACAGGGGAGAAGCCCUAUCAAUGUAAUGAGUGUGGGAAAGCCUUUAUUCAGAGGUCAAGUCUCAUUCGGCAUCAGAGAAUCCACAGUGGAGAAAAAUCUGAAUCCGCAGGAGUUUAG